GAAAUUUCACGUGGUGAUGAGUAAUAAACUAAAUUGUAUAUUUAUAAAUUAAACUUUUUUUAUUUUAAUAAUUGAACAGUUAUGAGUGUUUUUCACGACGAAGUAGAAAUCGAAGACUUCGAAUUUGACGAAGAAGAAGGCGUUUAUCAUUACCCGUGCCCUUGUGGCGAUCGUUUUGAAAUUACUAAAGAGGAAUUGCUAGCAGGUGAAGAAGUUGCUACAUGCCCUAGUUGCUCAUUAAUAGUUAAGGUCAUUUUUGAUUUGGACGCCUUUCGAAAAGAAAACGGUGAGGUAAAAAGCUUAUCAGAAGAUUUAAAGAAACUAGAAAUAGCAAACUAAUAUAAUGGGUGGAAGAGGUAGAGGUGGACGAGGGGGCAGAGGUGGUGUAUCAAAAUCCUUCAACAAGGAACAGCUGGCAUCUCUUGGAGUAGGAAACAAAGAACUAGUUCCUGGGCCAGUUCUUGAACCACCUCUUUUAUAUCCAAUUAUGGAGAGAAGACCAGCUCCACUUUCUCAAUCUCUGGAGAUGGAUUACCUUCUAAUACUUAGACAAGAUUUUAUAGAUCACAUGCAACUUUCAGGAUCCUAUUUGAAAAUGCCCGAAAGUAAACACCAACCUCAACAGGAAAUAGAUAAAUUGGUGGCCCAACUUCCUAGUGCUAAAGAAAAAUUUGAUUGGAGGUUGUUUCCCUCUGAACUUAGGCCCAAAGUAUUAGUGAAAAGGGUUCCAAAGAGUGAAAAGUCUAAAAAUGUCAAUAUAGAGCAGAGAUUAAAUGCACUGGAAAAAUUAGAAGUUAAAACCGAAAAUGUCGAAACAACCAAAGUUAAAACUGAAGUGGAAGAGAAUGACGACGAUGAAGACAAGGGGGAAUUUGAAGGAUUAGAAGACGAGGAAGAUGAAGAAAUGGACGAUGGGACUGAUUACGCGAAUAAUUACUUUGAUAAUGGAGAAGGGUAUGAGGAUGAAGAUGAUAAUUUGGAAGAUGGGCCGAUUUAUUAAAAGUUGUAUAUAUUACAUAUGUUUUUAAGUUUUUAUUUUAAUAAAAAAUAAUAUGUU